ACACUUGCAGCGGUUUGCACAUAACAAGCAACAAAUAAUUUAGAUUCCAUUUUUUAAGGAAAACACAAACUUUAAUGUAUCAUAACAUUUCCUCAGAAGAUUACAACUCGUGCAGCUAAACAUGUGUACGAAGCAACAACUCACAGAAAACUAUUUUUACAAUUUGGCAGUUUGUUUUCCGACCUUUCCAUUGUCAAUAUUAAUUUUCUCAAAAAAGUUUCUCAGAAGAUAUCUCCGCAUAGCUAUACACGAUAAAUUCGAAACUCCUACGUUUAUUAUAGAAACACCACAUUAUCCCAACAGAUUCACUGGUAUAGCCUAUUGCACCAUUCUGCCUAUUACUGUAAAUAUAGACUAUGAAAUUUCCUUUUUUCUUAAAAUUACACAUUACAAAGGUUGCGUGAGCGUAACGUCGAUACUUCCAGCACUGUUGUAUCAUUUCAAUGAAACGUAUGUUACUUCCUAUGUACUUCCUUCCUACUUCGUGCGGAUAGGAUGUAUGUACAUCAAUAAAAUUACAUAGCGCACAAUGAAGAAUAUUAUUGAACGUUCAAACUCUAUAAGUUAAAACGCCUUUCUGCAGAGUUUGUGUGUGAUAAUACGCUGUAGAAUAGUAGACAAAAUAAAAUAAUGUAUAGUUCUUCUGCAAUAUCUGGAAAGUAAAUUACAUGCUGUACUCAGAAUAUUACAGUGAAAACUCAGUCCAUUUCUUAGUUUACAUGCUUAUUUUAUUACCUCUUACUGCAAACUUUUCCAGUGAUAAACAUGCAACCCCAUCAAAUCAUAUCUUCCAUACAAAAUGGAAGUACACGCGAUACACAAAAAUGUAAAUAACACAUUUGCAUUAAUUUCCUCAACUAUACCUGUGCAUAAUAAAAAUACUUGAAAUCCGUUCGAUACUAACGAAAGAGUUCCGCUCUCCUUGUAUCAGUUUGUAAUACGCGUACAAUAUACGUAACAGAACAUAGUCAUGCAAAGAAAAGUGACGUUAAAAGAAAUAAUUUUCAUCAUAAAAUUAAGUGUGCUCCCAAUUUGGUGUUGGCCAUUAUCAAAAAAUGCAACAAAAUUAAAAACGUUCUGUAUGAAACUAUAUCAAUUUUGGUGUAUCAUUAUAGCAAUAGCCUUAGAACUACCGUUAUUAUAUAGCGUUUCAAAUCACAUCAACGAUGCUGCUUUUAUAAUACAACAAUUAGUUGUAUCAAGCAGCAGUAUACAUAUUAUAUGUAACUUUAUUUCUUAUCAAAUGAAAUAUCAUAACAUACAAAAUGUUACUCACGAAAUGGAAAAAUUUUGCGAUUUAAUGAAGCCACGUGAAAAAGUUGUUAUUCAACGAUAUAUUGAUAAGUGUCUUGUAUUCUACUGUGCAAUCAUGUGUAUUUUUUAUUCUGUUGUAAUUUUUAUGAUCACACUGUUACCUAUACUGCAGCAUCAUCCAUUUCCAACAUUGGCCGAAUAUCCUUUUGACGUGUCUUAUCAACCACUAAAAACAAUAAUCUAUUUAUACCAAUCUAUAGUCGGCAUAAUGGCAGCAGCACACCUAUGCCUAAAUGUUUAUAUAGCUCUAUUGCUUUGGUUUACUUCGGCAAGAUUUGAGAUACUAAUUGAAAAUAUUAGGGAAACUACAAAUAUCUAUCAGUUGUUCAAAUGUAUUAAAGUACAUCAAGAAUUACUCGAGUACGCAAAAGAAGUUGUUUUAAUUGUCCGUCCUUUCGUAUCCAUAGCUAUAUUUUGUGGCACAUUUUGCACAAUACUUGUCUUUCUUGUGUUUGUUACACAUCAACCUAUGGCACUAAUGUGUCAAUUUACGGGAUUAGCUCUAACAACUUUAGGAGAAGUGUAUAUAUAUGCUUGGCCAGGAGAACAAUUAAUAUCCAUGGCAAGUAUUUGCUAAAUAUUAUUAUAUGUAUAUGUAUAAUAGAAACUAAAAUUAAAGUGCCAUUUUAAAGCAUUAUAUGAAUAAUUGAUAAAAUUCAAGAAAAAGAACUGAUUAAAUGUAUUAAUAAUUUGUAAUAAUUUAUCAGCAAUUGAAUACGGAAACCAGUUACUGGUAACAUUCCUCAGGUAACAUUCAGUUUGAUAAUCAAUGAUUGUAUAUGAUAAUCAGUUAUUACUAAUACUUUUCAAUUGAGGUUCAGUUUUAAUAAUAAUGACCAGUUUUUAUCAGUAACUGGUAAAAACGGUUUUAAUAUACUGAUUGUUUUGUUAUUUGUUAUAAUAAUAUCUAUCAAUUAUCUAUCAGUUAAUGUAAAAUGUCUUUAUCGGUUUUUUUUUUCUUAAGAGAAUGUAUGUAACUUUUCAAAAAAAUGAUUAUAAAAUGGUAUUACUAAAAGCAUUUUAAAGUUUAAAAAGUUUAAAGUUGACAAUAAAAUAUAAAGCUUUGAAAUGUUUUCACUUACACAAGACAUUCCAUCCGAGAGACAUCUAUACAAUAUAUAUCAUAUAGAUCGUACAUACAUAAUAUAACGUUGUAUAAAUUUUUGUAUCACAUAACGUCUACGCAAUGUCUGGGACGACAUGUAUAAUUGUAUAGACAGAAAUAAUCGCGCUCUAUAAUCAUUUUUGAAAAAGUUAUAUUACCUUUGAAUUUCAUCAAUAUUUUCCCGAUUUGAAUUAAUCCUCUAAUUUAUGUGCAUAAUACAUAAAUAGUAUCAUAAAUAAUAUUUAAUAUGUGUUUAAUACUUUUCGUAGUCAGGCAUAAAUAUAGCACAAGCA